CAACUGGACCCCGCACUCGGGCCGUAAGCCCCCUUCUUAGCUGAGCAGAGCGACGGGGCGGCGAGCUGGGUACUACCAUGGCCGCGAACUAUUCCAGUUCGAGUAAGAGGAGAGAACAUGUCAAAAUUACGACUGACCCCCAGCCAGGCUUCCUGGAGCGGCUGAGUGAGACCUCGGGUGGAAUGUUUGUGGGGCUCAUGACCUUCCUGCUCUCCUUCUACUUAAUUUUCACCAAUGAGGGCCGUGCCUUGAAGACAGCAACCUCCCUGGCCGAGGGCCUCUCACUUGUGGUGUCUGCUGACAGCAUCCACACUGUGGCUCCAGAGAACGAGGGAAGGCUGGUGCACAUCAUUGGGGCCCUGCGAACGUCCAAGCUCUUGUCUGAUCCAAACUACGGGGUCCACCUUCCGGCUGUGAAACUGCGGCGGCACGUGGAGAUGUUCCAGUGGGUGGAGACAGAGGAGUCCAGGGAGUACACCGAGGAUGGGCAGGUGAAGACAGAGAGGAGGUACUCCUACAACACCGAAUGGAGAUCGGAGAUCGUCAACAGCAGAAACUUCGACAGAGAAAUUGGCCACAAAAACCCUAGUGCCAUGGCAGUGGAGUCAUUCACGGCAACAGCCCCCUUCGUCCAAAUUGGCAGGUUUUUCCUCUCGGCAGGCCUCAUUGACAAAAUCGACAACUUCAAGCCGCUGAGCCUGUCCAAGCUAGAGGACCCCCACGUGGACAUCAUUCGCCGGGGAGACUAUUUCUACCACAGUGAAAACCCCAAGUAUCCAGAGGUCGGAGACCUGCGCGUCUCCUUUUCCUAUGCGGGGCUGAGUGGCGAUGACCCCGACCUGGGCCCAGCUCACGUGGUCACCGUGAUAGCCCGGCAGCGGGGUGACCAGCUGGUCCCAUACUCCACCAAGUCCGGGGACACCUUGCUUCUCCUGCACCACGGGGACUUCUCUGCAGAGGAGGUGUUUCGUAGAGAGCAGAAGAGCAACUCCAUGAAGACAUGGGGCCUGCGGGCCGCCGGCUGGAUGGCCAUGUUUAUGGGCCUCACCCUCAUGACACGGAUCCUCUAUACCCUGGUGGACUGGUUCCCCGUCUUCCGAGACCUGGUCAACAUUGGCCUGAAGGCCUUCGCCUUCUGCAUGGCCACCUCGCUGACCCUGCUGACCGUGGCUGCAGGCUGGCUCUUCUACAGGCCCCUGUGGGCCCUCUUCAUCGGCUGCCUGGCUCUGGUGCCCGUCAUCGUUGCUCGGACACGGGUGCCAGCCAAAAAGCUGGAGUGAAACAGGCCCUGGCAUCCACCUGACACCCACGUGAGCCUUAGGAUCCAGGUCACACCCCACCCCUGACCCCACUCCACGCCAGCAUGAGUUUUGGAUUCUGUACCCGCCCUGCUCUUCAAGGGGCCGGACUUGGCAGCGUGCACAGGUGUCGGGUUUGGUGUUCCUCAAUUUACGUCUUCCCCACCCCUUCUCUUGCCAGUGGGCAG